AUGGAAGUUAUGAGAGUACAAACCUUGGCUAUUAACCAGCUGAGGGAGCUUCCACCGCAAUUUAUUCGUUCAGAUAAUGAAAGACCCGAGAACACAAAAGCAUUGGAUGGUGUUAAUGUGCCUAUCAUCUCAUUGUCUCAACCACAUCAUAUUUUGGUGGCAAAAAUAACUGAAGCUGCUUCUGAUUGGGGUUUCUUUGUCAUCAUCGAUCAUGGUAUAUCGUCAAAACUCAUCCAAAAUUUGCAAGAUGUGGGUCAAAAGUUCUUUUAUCUACCUCAAAAGGAGAAAGAGGUGUAUGCAAAUGAUCCAUCUAUUGGUAUGUUUGAGGGGUAUGGGACUAAGAUGACCAAGAAUUUAGAAGAAAAGAUUGAAUGGUUGGAUUAUUAUUUUCAUCUCAUGUCCCCUCCUUCUCGGGUCAAUUAUGAGAUGUGGCCCAAAAAUCCUUCUUCCUACAGGGAAGUAACAGAAGAAUACAAUAAAGAGAUUUUAAGAGUGACAAACAAUAUCUUGGAGCGUUUAUCUGAAGGGCUAGCAUUGGAGAGUAAUGCUUUGAAGUCUUGUUUGGGAGGCCUUCAAGUUUGGAAGGAAAAUAACUGGGUGGCAGUAAAUUACUUGCAAAAUGCACUCUUUGUGCACAUUGGUGACCAACUUGAAGUGUUGAGCAAUGGAAAGUACAAGAGUGUAUUGCACAGAAGCUUGGUGAACAAGGAACGCAAGCGCAUGUCCUGGGCUGCAUUUGUUUCUCCUCCACAAGAAGUUAUGGUUGGGCCUCUUCCUAUGCUCGUCAAUGAUCAAAAUCCGCCCAAAUAUUCAACAAAAGCCUAUGCCGAGUACCGCUAUCGCAAAUUCAACAAAAUUCCACAAUAG